UGUCCCUCGGACACAGCAGAUCACCGAUCAACGGAAAGAGCCGAAGAUGUUGGCUGAUCGCUGAUGAUCAGUGUGUCCUGAUGAUCAGUGUAGCUCCAUCAGCUCCAUCAGUGUCACCUGUCAGUGCUCAUUUAUGCCACCUGCCAGUGCCCAUCAGUGGCACAUCAAUGCCACAUAUCAGUGCCUACCAGUGCUCAUCAAUGCCACAUAUCAGUGCCCAUCUGAGCUGCCUUUCAGUGCCACCUAUCAGUGCCAGUCAAUGCCACCUAUCAAUGCCAGUCAGUACCACCUAUCAGUGCCAGUCAGUGCCACCUAUCACUGCCAGUCAGUGCCGCCUAUCAGUGUAAGUCAGUGCUGCCUAUAAGUGCCACCUAACAGUGCCAGCCAGUGCCACCUAACAGUGCCAGUCAGUGCCGCCUAUCAGUGCCAGUUAUCAGUGCCACCUAUCAGUGCCAUAAAUGAGUGCUGCCUUUCAAUGCCCAUCAGUGAUGCCUGUCAAUGCCCAUCAGUGCCACCUACCAGUGCCUCCUCAUCAGUG